ACAUCGUCGUCAUCUUCUUCUUCUUCAGCAAUGGAAGACCUGCUGGGUCUUCUUAGAAUUCACAUGCACAGAGGUGUCAAUCUCGCUGUCCGAGACGUCAAAAGCAGCGAUCCUUAUGUUAUCGUCAAGCUCGGCAAACAGAAAUUGAAGACUCGGGUCGUGAGGAAGAACACGAACCCAGAAUGGAACGAAGAUCUCACGCUGACCGUCACUGAUCCGAGUCUUCCCGUUAAACUGUUCGUGUACGACAGGGACAGGUUGAGCUUCGACGACAAGAUGGGGGACGCGGAGUUCGAGAUCGGGCCCUUCGUGGAGGCGCUCCGGAUGCGUCUGGACGGGCUGCCGAGCGGGACCAUAAUCACCCGGGUCCAGCCCACCCGGCAGAACUGCCUCGCCGACGAGAGCCGUGUCGUCUGGGCUGACGGCAAGGUCGUGCAGGACAUGGUCCUGAGGCUGCGCAACGUCGAGAGCGGCGAGAUCGAGCUGCGGCUGGAGUGGAUCGACAUCCCGGGAUCGAGAGGGCUGUGAAACCGCAUCGCGCAGCGGCGACCCUUUCCCGAUCUCGCCCUCUUUUUUGUGUGAUGUUUUCGCGCUGCUUAGUACACAUUCCUAGAGAAAAGACCCAGCCGAAUAAAGUGUUUGUCAAUGGCGAGAAUGAGAGUUCUUUGAUGGUUGCUUGGUAGGAGGGACGAAGAGAACAAUGUGUAAAUUGAGUACUUUAUUUGGACCGCUUGACUUUUGUGAAGAAAUUAGGUCUAAUUUCCGGGUCACCAAUCACCAAAUUGUCCCAACCAUGCCACUUUGCUUUUGUCUUGACCAAUAAUAUUCCAAGGCAUAAAGGAAUCCACACUAA